AAAAAAAAAAACACUAUCGGAUUACAAGAUGGCGCCCCGUGGACGUUAGCGAGGAGGCCGACUGAGUUUGUGUUUCUGUCUCCCCUCCUCCUCUCCUUCAACCGAGGGGGGGGAGCUUUCCCUUUCGUGCCGGGGGUCCGGGAGCAUGCCAAGGAAAUAGCAGCAGUCGACGCCGAUACUUUCCGCCCCGCCGGGUUGGCUCCUCUGUCCCGUUGUACCAUGCGGGCGCCAGCGAAGUUGUCAGGCUAGGGAGGAAAACAGCGAGGUGCUUCUCCGCUUGGCUUGUUAGCUUCCAGCUAGCCUAGCCUGCUAGCUCACCCAACAACCCCCCCCCCCCAACCCUGUUCACAAUGUCGGACACUCGGCGGCGAGUGAAAGUUUAUACGCUCAACGAGGACCGCCAGUGGGACGACCGGGGCACUGGACACGUUUCUUCCACUUUUGUGGAACGGCUCAAGGGGAUAUCUUUACUCGUUCGGGCAGAAUCCGACGGGUCACUGUUGUUGGAGUCGAAGAUUAGCCCCAACACUGCAUAUCAGAAACAACAGGACACACUGAUUGUCUGGUCCGAGGCGGAUAAUUAUGACUUGGCUUUGAGCUUCCAGGAGAAAGCGGGCUGCGAUGAGAUCUGGGAGAAGAUUUGCCAGGUGCAAGGGAAGGACCCAGCCCUGGACAUCACUCAGGACCCCAUCGACGAGUCCGAGGAGGAGCGUUUCGAGGAGAUCCCCGAGACGAACCACCUCGUGGAGCUCCCGCCCGGCGAGCUCAGCCACCUGGAGGAGAUCGCUGACCUGGUAACGUCAGUGCUGUCGUCGCCCAUCCGCCGGGAAAAACUGGCCUUGGCCCUCAUCAGCGAGAGCUACCUCAAAAAACUGCUGGGUCUCUUCCGCGUGUGCGAGGACUUGGACAACCGGGAAGGCCUCCAUCACCUAUACGAGAUCGUCCGCGGCGUGCUCUUCCUCAACAAGGCCGCCCUGUUUGAUGUGAUGUUCUCCGACGACUGCAUCAUGGACGUAGUGGGCUGCCUGGAGUACGACCCGGCGCUGGUGCAGCCCAAGCGUCACCGCGAGUUCUUGACCAAGACGGCCAAAUUCAAGGAGGUCAUCCCCAUCACGGACUCUGAGCUGCGGCAGAAAAUCCACCAGACGUACCGCGUGCAGUACAUCCAGGACAUCAUUCUGCCCACGCCGUCGGUCUUCGAGGACAACUUCCUCUCCACGCUCAACUCCUUCAUCUUCUUCAACAAGGUGGAGAUUGUCAGUAUGUUGCAGGAGGACGAGAAGUUCCUCACUGAAGUUUUUGCACGGCUCACGGACGAAGGCACCGAGGACAGUAAAAGACGAGAACUUGUGAACUUUGUCAAAGAGUUCUGCGCUUUCUCACAGACGCUCCAGCCUCAAAACAGAGACGCUUUCUUCAAGACCCUGGCCAAUCUCAGCAUCUUGCCCGCGCUCGAAAUAGUCAUGGGAAUGGACGACUUGCAGGUGAGGGCGGCAGCCACGGACAUCUUCUCCUACCUGGUGGAAUUCAGCCCCUCAAUGGUCCGAGAGUUUGUCAUGCAGGAACUGCAACAGCCCGACGAUGACGUGCUGCUCAUCAACGUGGUGAUCAAGCAGAUGAUUUGCGACUCGGACCCCGAGUUGGGGGGCGCCGUCCAGCUGAUGGGGCUGCUGCGGACGCUGAUCGACCCCGAGAACAUGCUGGCUUCCACCAAUAAAACGGAGAAGACGGAAUUCCUGGGUUUCUUCUACAAGUACUGCAUGCACGUUUUGACGGCUCCUCUGCUGGCCAACACGGCGCUCGACAAAAACUCAAAAGAUUUGCAAGAGGGAUCCCCCAAGAUCAACCCUGUGUGUCCAGAUAACUUCCAGACAGCACAACUGUUGGCUCUGAUUCUGGAGCUGCUCACAUUCUGCGUGGAGCACCACACCUAUCACAUCAAGAGCUACAUCAUGAACAAAGACCUGCUGAGGAGAGUGCUGGUGCUCAUGAACUCCAAGCAUACCUUCCUCGCUCUCUGUGCAUUGCGUUUCAUGCGGCGGAUCAUCGGCCUGAAGGACGAAUCCUACAACCACUACAUCAUCAAAGGGAACCUGUUUGAGCCGGUCAUCAACGCGCUGCUGGACAACGGCACGCGAUACAACCUCCUCAACUCGGCCGUCAUCGAGCUCUUUGAGUUCAUCAAAGUGGAGGACAUUAAGUCCCUCAUUGCUCACAUUGUGGAUAACUUCUACGAAGCACUUGAGCCCAUCGAGUACGUGCAGACCUUCAAGGGCCUGAAGGGCCGAUACGAGCAGGAGAAAGAAAGACAGAAACGCAACAGGCACCGGCGAGAGGCUCGCUCACUAGACGAGGACGAAGAGCCAUUUAUCAACGAGGACGAAGACGACAUCGAGGCGGAGGCUAUGGACAAGAGCCGGAUGGAAGAUGACUACACGGACAGCUACGGCAAGUACAUGGAGGCCAAAAAAGCAGGCGCAAGUAAUGGCAAAGCUUUGGCGCUGCCUCCCAACUCGCCGCCCGCCGCGCCCACCAACACGUCCUCUGUCAAGACGGUCGCACUUGCCGCCUCACCGAUAGUGAAGACCGCUCUGGUCGGUUUGGUGGACUACCCCGACGACGAAGACGAAGAGGAGGUAGAUGAAGAGGAAGAAGAGGAGCAAUCCCCCAGGAAGCGUCCCCGUCUCAGCUCUUAACACCUUCGGAACCAAGUCUUGGCGCACAAUGAAUCGGAUGGCCCGUCCCUCUUCUCCAGACCCUCGCUAACCUUUAACUUCUCUUCAUCAUCCAAGUGCCAAGGCCCUUCCCUGCACGGGCUCCGUCGCUAUAGCAACGGAAGCCGCCGACGCGCUACGGGAGCCCAGAGGGAAGCGGCUCGCGGGUUGACAAAACGGAGGCCGCUGGAGAAUGAACUGAGCCGCGGGCCAGUCAGGCUAGCAGGACUAGCCCCACCCCCAUCCCCAGAAACCCUCACACCCCACCCCAAGCAGUUGUUAAAGACGCUUGACUGGCCAUUUCUGGGCGUGAUCGGACAUCCACAGGAACGGAAAACACACAACCAAGGAUCCCAGCUGUACUAUUUCAAGAAGUACUGUACAAAUGUUUUUUUGGUUUGUUUGUUUGUUUGUUUGUUUUGCCCCCCGCCCUCCUGUUUAAUAAUUUGCGCCCUUCCCCCAUGUUGACAAGGGGGAAAACGACCAUCCGGCCUGUGCUUUAUCAUUUUGUUUCAUUUUUUUAAGCACGUCGGUGGCGUUGCUGUUGUCCCUCUCGUUCCAGUUCAUUUGAUUUCAUGUAAAAGUUUCAAAUGCUGGUUUCAAAAAAAAAAAAGACAAA